CGUGUUCUGCAAAAUCACCUGGAAGGCUGAAAUUAUCCCCUUCCAAAUCGUCUCUAUUUCUGAAGGGAGAGUUUUAGAGAGAGAAAGGGAUCAACUUUCAGCUUCUCUCUUGAACUGUCUCUUUGUCCUUCUCCUUAGACGAGUUUAGGGUUCUCAGUUUCAGUUCCAAGAUGCACAAAUUGGGUAGAGGGCACCGUGACAAAAUCCAGCAGUUCAUAACAAUAACUGGAGCGAGUGAAAAAGUUGCUCUUCAAGCUUUGAAGGCCAGUGAUUGGCAUCUUGAAGGAGCUCUUGAUGUCUUCUACAGCCAACCCCAAAUUAGAUCUUUUACUGAUACCAGACACUUGGAGGAGCUUUAUAACAGAUACAAAGAUCCAUACUCUGAUAUGAUACUGGCUGAUGGUAUCACACUUCUUUGCAAUGACCUUCAGGUGGAUCCUCAAGACAUAGUUAUGUUAGUUGUUUCAUGGCACAUGAAGGCUGCUACCAUGUGUGAAUUUUCCAAGCAAGAGUUCAUAGGUGGAUUACAAGCAGUAGGGAUAGAUUCUUUGGAGAAAUUUCGGGAGAGGAUAACAUUUAUGCGCUCUGAGCUGAAAGAUGAACACAAAUUCCGGGAGAUAUACAACUUUGCUUUUGGCUGGGCAAAAGAAAAGGGUCAGAAAUCUUUGGCAUUGGAUACUGCAAUUGGAAUGUGGCAAUUGCUGUUUGCUGAAAAGCAUUGGCCACUGGUUGAUCAUUGGUGCCAGUUCUUACAGGCACGGCAUAAUAAGGCAAUCUCGAGGGACACAUGGUCACAACUUUUGGAGUUUGCAAGGACAAUCGAUCCUGCUUUGUCAAAUUAUGAUGCUGAAGGUGCCUGGCCAUAUCUAAUUGAUGAAUUUGUUGAGUACUUGUACGAGAAUGGCAUCAUUCAAAAGGAUGAUUACAGCCAAAAACAAUGACGCCCUGUUUGUAUAUUAUGUGGGGUUCUUGGCUAUUCGUCUAUAAUAUGAUUUGUGAUGUGCUGCCUUGUGAAGUAAUUUUCAGAUCUUUAGAAAACACGAGACACCAACAUGCUUCUUAUUUUUGGAGGUUUCUUCUGACAAUUGAUGCACAUUACAUUUGAGUCAAUGGGAUUGGUAACAUCGAACAUGAAUUUUCUUUUAAAUUGGAGCGUAGGACUUUAAUGUCUGGCUUUACAGGGGCUAUUGGUUGUUACAUGCCCUUAUGCCAACUCCUUAUAAUUUAUCCUUUUUUUUUCUUAAUAUAUGAUAAAUGGGUUA